UUGACACACAUGUUUGUGGAAGUGCACACAGGGUGUAUGUGCGUGACAAAUUGUAUGGAAUUUGUGAUAUGCUGUAUUGAUGGAGUGCGCUAUAAUUUGGAUGGAGAUAGUUUAACAUGGUGAUUAUUCAGUAACACUGGUGUUGAAUUUUCAUGUAGAUACUACACUCAAUGAAUCCAUUCAAACAAAAUAACAAGAGGAAAAGCAGGGCGUAUGUUAUCCCAGCUGCUGUUCAAGCAACUAUGGAUCUCAACUUCCUACGUCUCUGUGUGAAGGACGAACAACAAAGAUUUAGAAGAAUGAAGGAGAGGCCCAAAGCAGACCAACAUGCACAGACCUUACAGCCGCUUCAUCUUCCCUUCAUCCUGUCACAGCCUCUACACGCUCUACACCCUAGCCCGCAGCAUGCUAACAUACAGCGCUCCAACAGGCUGAAUGGGGAGGGCAAGUACCAAUCACAGGUCAGCGGGUCAAGUCACAAACCAUCCUCCAAACACAAGGCAGGAGUCAUCCACCAGGAGGGUGGUAAGUUAGUCGCCACCGUAGCUCCCACCACACUGCCUCAUCUCAGCCACCAGAAAGAUCACCACCAUAGCCACCAGAAACACGGUCACCAUGACAAUGACUCCAACACAUUGCCGCAGCUGAACAAGUCGCAACCAGAACCAGUCACGCGGCAAAACUCCUUCUCCACCACCGCCACGCCCGAUCGCUCAAAACGCGAUCAAUAUGGCAACAAGCUUCCUAUGUCUCCCUCAGAGGCCCUAAAGCUGUACAGGAACAAGCUAACGGCCUUUGAGCAGACAGAAAUCCUAGACUACCCAGAGAUCUGGUUCCUGGGUUUGGAAGCGAAGAAGAUUGAGGGCGUUCCGGGCGGUGCACAGAAUAAUGGAUAUGAUGAUGAGAGUGGGUCCUACAUCAAGGUCAUGCAUGACCACAUGGUGUAUCGCUAUGAGAUCCUUGAAGUCCUGGGCAAGGGGUCCUUCGGUCAAGUGGUCAAGUGUUAUGACCACAAGACUGACCAAAUGGUAGCGAUCAAAAUCAUACGAAACAAGAAAAGGUUCCACCACCAGGCGUUGGUGGAAGUGAAGAUCCUGGAUGCACUGCGUCGUAAGGACAAAGACAACCAGUUUAACAUCAUACACAUGGGAGAAUACUUCUGCUUCCGCAAUCACUUGUGUAUCACCUUUGAACUCAUGGGGAUGAACCUGUAUGAACUGAUAAAGAAGAACAACUUCCAGGGUUUCAGUAUAGCACUGAUACGUCGCUUUGCCUUCUCCCUACUACAGUGUCUUAAACUGCUGCAGCGGGACCGUAUAAUCCACUGUGAUUUAAAACCAGAAAAUAUUUUAUUACGACAAAGAGGUCAAAGUUCAAUAAAGGUCAUAGACUUUGGGUCAAGUUGUUACGAACAUCAGAGAGUAUACACCUACAUCCAGAGUAGGUUUUACCGGUCCCCUGAAGUAAUACUAGGAUACCCCUACUCCAUGCCCAUAGACAUGUGGAGUUUUGGCUGUAUCCUAGCAGAGCUCUACACCGGAUACCCACUCUUCCCAGGGGAAAAUGAGGUGGAACAACUUGCCUGUAUCAUGGAGGUGUUAGGUCUACCACCCUCACAAGUCCUAGACCAGGCAACAAGGAAGAGACUUUUCUUUGACUCCAAGUGCAAUCCGCGGUGCAUCACCAAUAGUAAGGGUAAAAAGCGACGCGUGGGAUCCAAGGACCUGCAACAGGCUGUAAAGACCAGUGACGCUAACUUCCUUGACUUCAUCCGACGCUGUCUUGAAUGGGACCCCAGUAUAAGAUUGACGCCAGAGGAGGCACUCCAACAUGAGUGGAUCACAGAAGGUUUAGUUCACCGGCGAGGACGUGACUCAAAUAGAAACCAUAAGUCUGUACAUCGAACCUCUCCGGCUGUGUCUGAGUCCACAAAUGCCUCUGAGGUGUACAAGCCAGAUCCUUACAAGGUUCCAGCACAGCCUCCAAUAAAAGAACGUCAAAAGAGCGGAGAAAACUGGAAGGUGAAUCUGAAGGAGAGAAAGAGUGCCAAAGUACGAGAACGGGUCCCUCCGGUGGGAGCAUCGGCAGAACAAAAACAUGAGGAGAUAGCACGAGGCCCGAAUUACUUUACAGCUCCUAGUGCUAAGUCGGUCACCAAGAGUGCUCGCAAACCCCCCGCUACCACGUCGGACACCGAUACCGGAGGUCAGCUGGUCACCGAGGAGGUGGUCAAACUCAACCUCAGCCAACAGCUCCAGAAACAAGACAGCGGAUUGGCUGAUGAUUCUUCGUCCAAUAAAUUCUUGCCACCCAUUGGGAAAUAAUUAAUUGACAUUUUUUGAAAAAAAAAUAUUUCAUGUCAAGCUCACAUUGUAACUGUAUAUAAAAAUGAAGGAAAUAUUUAUUACUGUAAUUGUUUAUAUUUAAGGAAAUAUUGACUUCCGAUGCUGGGAACGUUUCCAUAUUUAAUAUAGGUUGUUUGUGAAACAAGAUGUUAAACUGUUUUUGUUUAAAUUGUCCUUCACAUAAGAACAUGAGUUAAAUAGUCAGAAGGCAAUGUCAUCUCGAGAUACGUUGACCAUACUGUGUAGAUGUUAAAUACGAUAAACAAAACAGCUCAUUGUAAUUUUGGGAUACCAUUCUUGAGAUCAAUUCAUCCACGUUGUUGUGAAUGUGUAUGGGUCUUCAUGUAAAUGUAUUUUUGAAAUUCAGAAUUUUUGUCAAGAAAUUCUGCUAGGUUAAAAAUGUAUUUAUAGACAUUAUUUUAUCACGUGUGAAGGUGUAUAUGUAUCUAUAUCUUUCAA